AUGGCUGUGAUUGCGGUCAAGCUCGUCGUUUUGCUGGCUUCGGCUGCGGCCGUCCAUGCAGGCCGAGAUCCCAUUCUCCCCUUCCACGAGAGCGCAAAAGCCAACGCCAACCACAUCUUCAACGCCAUACACUCUGCUGGCCGCCAAUGGGGAUCCUCCCUGAACCACAACGGCUUCGGCUUCAUCCCCGUUGUCGUGCCGGCCGGUACUUCGUUCUAUCACGGAGGCUACUUCCAAGAGCCCCCCAAAGGCACCGAGUGGCUGGCUUUCGAGGUCGAGCACGCGGAGUUCUUUGCGAGGCCGCAACCAAGGGGACCUGGCCGUCAUCGACCUUGUCCGGAGGAGGAGCAGCCUCAUCCGCUAGCAGACCAGCCAGAGACGGAGAGCAGCGGCUGUGACGAAAAAGGGCAAGUGAGAGGCUAUCUGCAGACUUACCAUACAACGCGUGACAUACAGCUGCUUUAUCUGGAUGGCAUGUCGGCGGGCAAGACCUAUGUCGGAACACUAGAUUCUCAGGAUCAAGUGCUCUGUCAAAACAAUAGCACGCACUGGGACGUUCUCGAAGACGACAUGAGUCGCGCAAGGGCACUGUGUGACGUGGUGACAGAAUGGGGAUGGGACGGUAUCAUGCGCAUGGAGGCCGGCUUCGAAGUCAUAUACUGCAACUUCAGCUCCGGGCUGCACCUCGAUUCUUCGCUCCGAACGCCCCUCGCAGCGGACAGACUGAAAGGCGAGGCCAACCUGGUGCCCUACCUGUGGUUGAGGGCGGCUGGGGAGCGAUAUGAUGGCAUCGGCGGCGAGCGGGUGAAGAUGGACUUUUCAUCCAUGGUGUCUGGAUUUUUCUUCCCCAUCAACAUCUCCAGUACCGAUCCCGAGCGGCCGGACCUCAUCAGGCUGGGGGCAGCAAAGCAGGAGCACCUUCAGGACAUCAAGGCAUAUCUGCAGAACGUCUUUGUGGAGCCGAGAAAGUUUGUCGUCAACUGGCAAGCAGUCGUUGAUAUGAUCGUUGCUCGGUUUGAGAAGAGACUGGCGGCGAUGGCUUCGACGGAUGUAUCAGCGGAUUUCUUUAUUGGUGAGCUGGAAGGCGUUGCGCUCACGUACUAUGAAGCCCCUCGUCUCCCAGACGACAUCACAUUGGCAGCGGGUGACGACGACAGGAACAGAACUGCGGAAGCUAUUGAUCGUUGUGCUGCACACUACCUCAUACCGGCACUGCCAAGACAGCAGGACUGGACUCUCUCGGACGCCCUGAUUCAUACCGCUCUUGAGGUCGUUAUGAAGCGUAUCUGCAGCGACCUGUUCCUCAUGCGAGCGAUUCUCCUCCAGGCAGUACCGGAUGCCACACCUGACGCGUACCUGAUAAAGAGGGGAGUCGAGAGUGCCUCCAUGGAACAGGCACUCAACCAGAGCCGGGCUAUUGCCCGUAACCUCGUUCAAGAGCUUGCCUGGACCACGUGGCUGAAACCACAGGUUUGCAGCGAAGAAGAGGUCCUCUUCGUCGCCAUGUGGCCGAUGGGAGACGACGUCGACCACUACAACCCGGGGUGCGUCCCCUAUGGAGAGAUCUCAGGGAAGCGGCGAAGUUAUUGGAAACCUGGGGAGCAAAAACCCCGUAUCCAAUGA